AUGUCGCUUCGCACGGUAAUAUCGAACGGAGAAGAGCCCGGGUCCCUGCAGGCUGCUAGACCUUUCUACCUCUACAAGGGUUUGGACCCAAAGAAAGAGGAGGCACUGAAGAUAUAUCCGGUGGACAGCAAUAACAGCAGCGACUGCCCGGCGUCGAGAAACCCUUCGGUGUCGCCGUUCUCGUCCAUCUCCUCUGCCUCCUCGUCUUCGACCAUGCUGAACCCCAUUCCAACGUAUCAGGCCAGAAACAGCGUCAGUGGUCUCGGCUUUGGUGGGAACACCCGGGGUACGCUGUAUGCUCUUCCCUCACCUCCUUCGUCGAUAUCCAAAGGCAGAGUGAGUUCGUUCAGUUUAUACCACCAGGUGGCCGAACAACAGCUCCAACACCAGCAGCUCCAUGAGCACUCCUUCUCGCCCUCGUCGUCAACUUCUUCGAUGUCGAACUCAGACGUCGACGUGGAUGAGUUGGACCACGAUCUCGGCCAUGAACACGGCCACGGCAUCGAAAUACAGGUCGACACCGAAACGGACGAUAUUGGGAACGAAAACGAGCUUAUCAAGGAAAUUCGAUCUGGUAUCGAAAACGACAGGGUCAAAUAUAAAUGUAACUACACGGGAUGUCAUUACAAGGGUACGUUUUUGUCUAAGGAUUAUUUAAGGAGACACAUCAGGGAACAACACAGACGUUCAAAGGAGCACAUUUGCAAAGGGUUUCAUUCCAACGGGGAAAAAUGGGGGUGCAACAAGAAGUUCAGCAGGCCAUACCAGUUAGUCAACCAUUGGCGGGGACAGCGGUCGUUGAAGCGCUGUGGUGUCCCCCUUGGCGAGCUACGCCGCUGCGGCAUCCACUAG